UUCCAUUCAUCACUUCCAACUUUGCCUAAGCUGUUGGGUCAACUUCUUAAACUGAGCUCAAAGGGUUUUUCACAUUCCCUUUCCGUUCAUGAAAUAUGAGUUUUGCUAAUCUUGAACAUGUUUUACAUGAAAUUGAAUUAGUUUGUAUUUAUUUAUGGGUGACAAUGUAAAAGUGUCACUUUCUAUAGCAUUAGAUUUUAUGUUAGAUUCAGUUAAAAAUCUCACUUGAAAAGUUUUGGGUGGUUUCAUUCUUCUCUUUCUAUGUCAAGUUGCAAGGGUUUCUCUCCCUCUUUAUUCUGUUUAUCCUACGUUUCUGAUCAGUCCCAUGUCAAACCACUAAAAGUACCUUUUUUAUUCUUGGAGUUUUAAGUCUCCUCAAUUUUCAAGUGAUCAACUUUCGCAGUCAAUUUUGCAAAAAAAAUAUCUGGGUUACUGAUAGUUUCUUCUGUGAUGUUGGUUUUCCUUUACAAGAAGUAAACUUUAAGUUGUUUGUUAACCAUAUUUUGCACAGAAAAAGAAAGACUUCGUAGUUAACAGUUAUUUCAAUCUGAUUGAGAAAAAAUCUGGUUUUUUUGGAGAUUAGCAUGAGUGUUUGAGGUUAGAUUAUUGGUGAGAGAUUUCAUCUAUGGCUGGAGAAGACUUAGUGGAACUCAAAUUCAGGCUUGCAGAUGGGACUGACAUUGGUCCAAGCAAGUAUAGUCCAGCUACAACUGUGGCAUCUCUCAAAGAAAAAAUACUUGCACAGUGGCCUAAUGACAAGGAAAAUUGCCCAAAAUCAAUACAGGAUAUGAAGCUAAUUAAUGCUGGAAAGAUACUUGAAAACAACAGGACACUUGCUGAGUCCAGACUCCAGGUUGGUGAACUUCCGGGAGGUGCAAUCACAAUGCAUGUCGUUCUGCGUCUUCCUUUGUCAGACAAAAACAAUGAGAAGCAACAGAAUGAUUCUCCAAAGAAAAACAGCUGUUCAUGCACAAUCUUGUAGCUGUCUAAUGAGAUAGCUCACGCUUAUUCU